AUGAGCGCGACUACAAAUGCCAACAGAGGCAGCAGUUCGCCUUCCACAAGUCCUACGCUGUCGCAUUCUCCCACCUCAAAUGCCUCAUCUGCCCCUACCCCUCGUGUACCCUACAUUCCGAUACCUCGUCGUGGUGUUGACUAUCGCGGAAAGAUAGUGCUGGCGCCUAUGGUACGAUCAGGUGAACUGCCUUCUCGUCUACUAGCCCUUCACUAUGGCGCUGAUCUGGUCUGGGGGCCCGAGACGGUUGACCGCUCUAUGAUCGGCACUAAUCAGUCAACCAACCCUCGAACUGGCUGCAUUGAGUGGAAGCGUUGUCCGACUGCGCAUGCCCAUUCUCCAGUAAAAGAGGAUGGAGAGAAAGAAAGCGUGAUAUUCAGAAUAGACCCACAACGAGAAUCAGAUCGACUCAUUUUUCAGAUAGGCACGAACAGUCCCGAGCGAGCUGUGGCAGCAGCAGACCUCGUAGCCCCUUUCUGCUCUGGUAUCGACGUCAAUGCAGGCUGUCCGAAGCCAUUCUCGACUGAUGGAGGCAUGGGUGCUGCGCUGUUGACGACUGAGAAUGGUGACUUACUUGUCCGCAUCCUCGAGGCGCUUGUGGCAGAGGUAGGGAAAAAGCAUGAGAUUGGCAUCAGCGUCAAAAUACGUCUACUGUCUACACCUGAAGAGACUUCGACAUUGGUCAACAAGCUAUGCAAGACAGGCAUUACCGGCCUCACUAUACAUUGUCGUACUCGGCCCAUGCGGCCACGAGAACGUGCCAUCAGAGAUCAGCUGAGAACGAUUGGUGAAAUAUGUCAUGCGCAUGGUGUAGCUUGUCUAAUGAAUGGGGACGUUGCCUCUCGUGAUGAAAGCGUAAAGCUAGCUGCCGAGUAUGGUGUGGAUGGUGGUAUGAUAGCGACUGCUGCGGAAGCCAACUCUUCAGUCUUCCUUUCAGAAGAGCAGGGAGGCAAGAAACCGUGGCGAGAGGUUGUAACACAGUACAUGUUGUUUGCGAUCUCAGUCGAAAACAAAUGGGGGAACACAAAAUUCCUGCUAUCGCAGCUAAUGCCCGGCAAAGACCCAGCAUACUUGAAGGUAUGCCAGUCGAAGAACUAUGUUGCCGGUUUGACAGCACUUGGUCUGGACCAGAAUAAUGACCUGUUAGAGGCAAGCAAGAAGCUUGACAGCAUAUUAGGUCUCGAUGGACCUAAAAUUCCUAGGACGGAAUUGAAGAAAGCCAACAAGGCCGCAAACAGGGCCAAGCACGAAGCAAAUAUCGCAGCGAAGAAGAAGCGGCAGGCUGACGAAAUGGCUGCUAGGGAAGCAGAGCAGACUAAACGUGGGCGAAUGUCAUCACCUACGAGAGACCAAAGUCAGGAGCCGCAGAGUAGCAGUGCAAGAAGUCCGUUACGCAAAGCUGAGAUUGCUGCUGAGAAUGCAGGCUUUGAAGGUGUUGGUCAAGGAGCUUUGCAAGUUGCAGUGUGA